AACCCCUGCAGUUCUCCAGCGCAGCCGAGCUGUUCGACUUCAUACAGGACGAGAAGAAUGACGUGGAGAUCGUGGCGUGCAUCAUUAGUAACCUGCUAGGGAGUUUCUUCAAGUGCUUCUUCUAUGUGCCGGAAAUUUCUCUGGCCAAGUUGGAGAAUGGCUUCCCCUUUGACGGGUCCUCCAUUAAGCUAUGCGCAGAUGCAGAGGUCAGCGAUUUCUACAUAAAAGUGGAUGUAUCCACGUGCUUUAUUGAAAAAUGUGACGGAAGGAACAUGCUAAAUGUAUUAUGCGACAUUAAAAGGUAUAACGGGUUUGACUACUACAAAUGCCCUCGAACCAUUUUGAAGAAAACGUGCAGUUUUAUCAAGAAGGAAAAUAUAGUGGACACAAUAUUCAUAGGGAACGAAAUUGAGUUUUUCAUUUUCGACAAGGUGAAUUUUGGCCUCGAUGAUUAUGACAGUUAUUUGAAGGUCUUCGACAGGGAGGCCUUUUCUUGUAAAAAUGGUGGCAAUGGACAUUCUUCCGCAAGUAAUGGAGAACAUGGUACUACUGCUAGUCUGGCUUGCUCCACCUACCCCACUGGCACUGGCAACAUGUCAACAAAUGAUGACAGUAAGAAGGUGAAAAAAAAAUGUGGCUAUUUUGCCACAGACCCAUAUGAUACUUCCAACAUGAUCAAGCUACGAAUUUGCAGAAUCUUAAACAGUCUGAAUAUUCACGUGCAGAAGUAUCACCAUGAGGUUUCGACUAGCCAACACGAGAUAUCUUUGAAAUAUUUUGACGCAGUUAAAAAUGCAGAUAAUUUACUCCUCACCAAACAGGUAAUAAAAAAUGCCGUCCAUAAUUUCAACCGAACAGCUACCUUCAUGCCCAAACCUCUAGUAAGUGAUAAUGGAAGCGGCCUACACUGUAACAUAUCCCUUUGGAAGGAUAACAAAAAUAUAUUUUUUGCUGAUGACCCUUCCACCUUUUUCCUUUCCAAAGAGGCCUUUUAUUUUAUGAAUGGAAUUAUUAGACAUGCCAAAGCGUUACAAGCCUUUUGUAAUUCCACCAUGAAUUCAUAUAAAAGGUUAGUCCCAGGAUUUGAAACUUGUCAGAAGCUGUUUUAUUCCUUUGGCUCAAGAAAUGCUGUUAUUAGGUUAUCCAUGAUUAAUUACAAUAACCCAAGUGAAAAACGAAUUGAGUUUCGAUUGCCUGAUUAUGCCAACUCUCCUCACUUAGUUCUUGCUGCCAUCAUCCUGGCAGGAUAUGAUGGUAUCAAAUCGAAGGAACAACCACUGGUACCAUUCGAGAGUAAAGAUAACACCUUUUUUAUUUCCAGCAUUUUUUCCAAUUACGUUGAGAAUACACAAAAUUUCAAAACUCUUACACAUGCACUAGAGGGCUACGACACCCUUCAUGAUGUGAAGAAGAGUCCAGAAUUUGUUGACUUCUUCACUUGCAAGGAGCCCGAGAAUAUAUGCUUUUCUUUGGAGGACAGUUUGGAUGCCUUGGAGAAGGACCACGCCUUUUUGACGCGGGACGGAAUCUUCACGGAGGAAGUCAUUGAGGAGUAUAUAAAGUUCAAGAGGGACGAAAUAGCAGCCUACAGAAGGAAGGUCACUCCGUACGAUUACUACUUAUAUUACGACUGCUAG